GGAGCGGCGGCGGGGCCUGGGAGCGCGUCCCGCCGCGCCCCCCCGGCACAGCCCCUUGGCGCCGGGAGCGGCGGCCAUGGGCAGCGGCAGCAGCCGGCGGCGGGGCGCGGCGGCGGGGUCGGCCGGGGGCCAAGCGGUGCCCGCGGGCGGAGCGGCGGCGGAGAACCGAGAGCUGCUGGAGAAGGUGCUGGCCGAGUGCGAGGAGGCGGCGGCGCUGCCCGCCCCCGCCCGCCGAGCCCCCGCCGGCAGCGGAGUCUCCCCGCCCCGGGACGCCGGGAGCUGCGGGGACGCGGCGGCGGGAGGCGGCGGCGGGUCCCCCCCCGAGCAGGCGACUUUGUUAACCAGAAGCUCACAAGGCCUAGAGACCACCAACAACCAUCAGUGUCCACAAAGAGAAAGCAAGAAGCCAGCGGGGCAGUCCACAAUCUCAUACGAUUACUCGGAGGAGGAGCUCAUGGCAAGCAUUGAGCGGGAGUACGGCCGCUGAACCCAGCCCCACGCCACAAAACUUCAAGCACGUUCCUGGAAGCCCAGCUGGAGCAAAACUGCUGCUGACAAAGUAACCCUUUGCACAGUGAGACAGGAUGGGAGAGGUGGGUGGUGAAGCGAGGUGAAGCGUGAUAAGCCGUGGGGGUGUUUGUGCAGCACGGGGCAGAAAGCCCUCCUGGCCAGCUCUGAGUGACAGCACGAAGAUCCUCACCGAUUGCUGACUUCUGAUCUGUGCCGCUGGAAGAGGGACCAAUUCAUCUUGCAAAUCAAUAUUUAGAAGCUCAUUUUAAAAUUCCAUUUAAAAUUCCAUUUUAAAUUCAAUUUAAAAAUGAAGAUGUGCUAGAAUUGAAGUGUCAUACUUGAAGAGUUCAGACAUGGUGCUUUGAAGGUUUUUUCUUAGCAGAGAAAAAAAUAGAGUAAAAUAAUUUGAUUCAGAUCUCACUUAAAGGGGUGUUACAUUAAAUUCAUUUUCCUGACACUUAGAACAGGCCAAAUUCACUCCUCGUGCUGUGCAAGCCUCUGAUCCAGGUCUGAGUUUGUCACUGUCUCUUCAAACAUGGUCCUCUCCCCCAUGGGAUGUAAGAUGAAAAGAGGAAUGAGCCCACCAUCCAGUACACAAGCAGCAUCACCCCAGAGUUGAACUCCCACCAUUUAAGCAAACAAGGCUCCUGGGAGCCAUCAGGGAGCACAGGAUUUGCACAAUCCCUUCCGGGUGGGAUCCCAGCACCGAUGUGGUUCCUGGGACUCCUUGGCGUGGAUCCUCCAGUGAAAGCAGGAGGCACGUCCCCGGUGCUGCCUCACUGCGGCCAGCGCUCAUGCGUCUUGAGAGGGACUUGCACACUACUGCAGAGCAGCUCUUUGCAAUCAGCUUUCAGAAUUGUCAGCCCUGGCCUUCUCAUUUAUUUCUUAUAGGUAACCCAGAAGAAAAAUCACUACGCUACUAUUAGCAGACUGCAAAGUAAAAUAGAAAGUUGAAUCUCCAAAGAAAACCCUAUAUUUUCAGUGCUCCCUGGCAGGGAAGCCUGGUAUUUUAGUGUUUCUGUCUUUACCUGCAUCUUAAUGUAUUAUGAGUAGCUGCUUAUUAUCAGAAGUAGAAAAAUACCUUACUUCUGUCUUCAGCUGAAGCAUAAAAGACAUCAGAUGAAAUCUUCACAUAGGCUGUGUAAAUGCAAGAGGAAACAGCGGGACAUAUUUUUAAGAUGAUGUAUUUUAACUUUGUAAUUCAUGGUAUCUGUGAAACAGAAAUAAAUGCAUCUGUACUCUAUGUAGCCCUCAGUAAAGGCAUCAAACAUUGUUUUGGAAAAGGC